AUGUCUUCUACCGAAUGGAAGAACUUCCAUGUUGGACGCGAUUGUGGCCAUGUGAAAUGGUCUCGGAAAAUCGAACCCAAGUUGACCGUCUCUUCCGGUGAGACCGUUAGCUUUGAUGCCAUCGACAGCAGCAAUGGUCAACUCACCCCCAGCUCGGAUGCCUCAGCCAUCAAAACGCUGGACCUCGGCAUUGCCAACCCUGUCUUCGGUCCGAUCUACGUGAAAGACGCCCAGCCUGGUGAUGUCCUCAAGGUUGAGAUCUUGAACCUCGAAGUUGCCGACUGGGGUUGGUCCGCCAUCAUCCCCGGCUUUGGUCUGCUGGCGGAGGACUACCUGGAACCCGAGAUCAAGAUCUGGUCACUCGACCGUGAGAAGGGCUACGCACAGUUUAAUAACAUGCGUAUUCCCCUUCGUCCAUUCCUCGGAUGCAUGGGACUCGCCCCAGCCGAUGACUCCGAGUUGUCGACCGUGCCUCCCACCCACGCAGGUGGCAACAUGGAUUGCCGCGAACUGAGCGUUGGCUCAACCGUCUAUCUCCCCGUUCAAACCGCCGGUGCCUUCUUCAGCUGUGGUGACGGCCACGCCGCCCAGGGCCACGGUGAAGUCUGUGGUACCGCGAUUGAGACCCCCAUCAAGGCUACCCUUCGUUUCGAGCUUUGCAAGAACCAGCCCUGGGUGACCGCACCCCAAUACCAGACUCCUCCUCGCUCCCAAAUACCAAACCCGCUCCCCGAUCUCGGUACCUACGGUGCUCUGGGUGUGUCGCCAGACCUAUACCAGGCCGCGAAGAGUGCCACCCGCAGCCUUAUUCAGUGGUUAGUCUCGACCAAGGGACUUACUCGAAGUGAGGCAUACAUUCUGGCCAGUGUUGCCGCAGACCUUCAGAUCGCCGAAGUGGUCAAUGUGCCCAACUUUGAAGUAGCUGCCAGUCUUCCCUUGGGAAUCUUCAGCUAA